AUGCCGUAUUGUUCAGUGAAAUGGUGUGGAAAGUGUAGUACAACGUCUAGUCUCACCAAAGAUGGUAUUACAUUUCACAGGUUUCCCAAGUGUCCUAAAAUAAAACAAAAAUGGAUUAACGCUACAAAACGGGAUGGCAAUUGGUUUCCUGGAAAAAACCACGUAAUUUGUUCUCGUCAUUUCACUCAGGAUUGUUUUCGUGUUAUUAGAGAAAAUCGUCGUUUUCUAUUCGAAACUGCCGUGCCUACACUAAUGUUACCAUGUUUGGAGAGUCAUCAAAAUCUCGCGGAGGCAUCUACUUCGUCAAAACCCGUAACUUCAAACCAAAAAAUAAUUGUACUGGCUACUCAGCCAACUUCUAGUGUUAAUGCAACAUAUAUUUCGUUGAAUGGUAGUGUUCAAAACAUUCCCGCCAUGCCAUCAACUUAUGCGGAAUCUGAAACUGUAAAUCGAGACACAUUAACACCGGUCGCACAGCAAAAUACUAAUGUUGAUUCAUUUCUAAGCAUACCAUCUAACUACAGUACACCGAGUGAACGGCGACUUUACAGGGCAGUCAUUGAUCUUACACAAAAAGUUAAGAAAAAAAAUGUUGCAUUAAAACGUUUAAGAGACGCAAACCGCAUGUUAAAGCGAAAAGUGCAAUCGUUAAGGAAGCUUCUAGGAGAAUUGGAAAAAAACAAC